UAUUUCAAUAUGGCGGAAGUUUUUGGUUGAACGCAUUAACAAUUUUUACAAUUUUUAUUAACACUUUAAUUAAUUAAUUAAUAUUAUUGUCGUAAGCGAAAAGCCCCUGUGUUCACGUCUCUCAAGAAAAAAAUAUUCUCGCAAAUGCACGGCAAUCGAUGGAAAAUGUUGUGUUCAAACUGUCGUCGUGAUAUCGUGGUGGUCAUCUAAAUCGUUCGUCUAAAAGCAGACAGAAAAAUAUAAAAAAUAAUAAUAAUAUUGCUCAAGGAACAACAAAUGUUUCUUCGAGUGCUUUUGCACUAAAAAAUCGGUCGGUCGAAAUAAAAGUCGCACAGUUUUUUUUUCUUUUUUGAAAGCCAAACGCAUUGGCAUUAUUUUGGAAUUAAGGCGUGAAUUGUUUGCAAAAGAAAUUGAACCAAGUGGAAAAAAUCGUUGGCUGUGUGAGGCUGGCUGGCUGGUGUAUGUGAAUGUUGUGCAUGUGAGAAGAGGAGAAAAAAAUGCAAUAAUUAUAGUGCAAAAGAGAAUUACGACAACAAAAAAUGAAGAAAUAAUACUAAUAAUAUUUCAAUAUGCAUUUAAUAAAGUUCAUCUCCCAGAUAUUUGUCCAUAUCAACAAAAUCCAGUAGCAUAAAAAGUAGGCAAUAAAAAAAAUCGCUAACAACAACAAAAAUAUGGAAUCGAAUGGAAACUAAUGGGCCAACGUGAAGAGAAUUGUUUAUAAAAAUGUUUAAAUUCAACUCGUCAUAAUAUCUAUUAUUAGUUUGGUGUAUAAAUUUGUAUUAUUUUGUUUUUAAAUUAUGAAUAAAUUGGAAUAUCCGCGACGCAAUGGAGCACACAAAAUACGUAUAACAAUCUUGUGUGCGAGAAAUUUGGUUCGAAAAGACUUAUUUCGCCUCCCUGACCCUUUCGCAAAGGUUCAAGUUGAUGGUACUGGACAGGUUUACUCAACGGAUAUCAGUAAAUCGACAUUAGAUCCAAAAUGGAAUGCCCAUUACGACUUGUUUUUGGGUCGCAACGAUUCCAUAACAAUAACGGUAUGGAAUCAACGAAAGAUUCACAAAAGCAGCGGAUUUCUCGGAUGUGUGCGCAUACCAUCGGAAACGAUACAACGUUUAAAAGGAGCUGGAUUCCAACGUUUGGAUUUGGGCAAAUUUUCAACGGAUGACGAUGAAAUGGUACGCGGCCAGAUAAUUAUAGCGUUUCUCUCAAAGGAUGGGCCAUGCAGCGGCAAUCCCUUGGCCAUUGUCGGCCCAGGCGGUGAUGUUCGUGGACCAUCAGAGGAUGACUCGUCCGAGGAUAGUCUGCCUGAGGGUUGGGAAGAGCGUCGCACCGGUAAUGGGCGUGUCUACUAUGUUAAUCACACCACUAAAACGACCCAGUGGGAUAGGCCGAGCAAACAUACAGCAACACAGCAGCAUCAAACGCCCCACCAUCGUACUGCGGCACAAAAUGGCACGGGGGGAACGGCAUCGGCCCAUCAUCCGGUUGGUCCCACCCGUUCCACGACAUGCACCAACUUAUUGAAUGGCCACAAUAAUCGCAGCGCUCGGGAGAACGAUGAACGACGACAUUCAACUGAAAUAUUGUCCAUGCCAUCGGUGGGAAAUGUGGGAGGCAAAGAAAACUGUAGUCCCACCAGGGUAGAGAAUACUCCAGAAGCCACGCCACAAUCUGUGUCAUCAAUUGCGACGCCCGGCAACAAGAAGAGUAGUCGACAACAUCAAACAACAACACCUUCACCACCCAUGGGCGGCGGCAGCAGCAGCACAAACAAUAGCAGCGACCACAACACUAGCGCACAUUUAAGUUCUAAUUCGGGGCCACAGACACCACGACACAAUCAUGCCGUUUCUCGAGACGACACGAGCCAACAGGCCAAAACACCAAAGCAUGGAGCUCCAGCUCCCACAUUACUGUCCAAUGGUCACAACAAUGUGGAGUCUGCGAACACAACAACGCCUCAACGGGGGGUGGUGCAAAACCAAAUACAAACAGCCCAGAAUCUAACCAAUGGCAACUCAUCUUCUUGCAACGGUGUGGUGAUGGCCCAAUCGGCCCAGCCUCAAUCUUCUUCUCACCACGCCACACCACCCAAUUGGAAUGCCAAUGAGGGCGAUAAUCUGAAUGUCACUCCCCGACAAAGUCCCAUAACGAAUGGCAAUGGCAACAAGAGCGCCAGCAAUGGCAGUGGAGGCAACGGCUGCAAUGUACAAAGUCCCAAUGCCAAUACAUCGUCGUCAUCAUCAGCUAAUCCAAACACAAGUAUUAGUGUUGCAACACCUCCAAAUGCAUCCACAAAUCACAUAAACAACACCCGGGAGAGGGGUGAAACGCCCCGAGGAAGUGGUGGCAGCCAAUGCACUCCCACAUCAUCUGCCUCGGCUGUUCCCAAUGCCAGUUCGCAACGUUCACAACGGAGGUCAUCGCGAAAUGUGGACGACUCCGCCCGUCGACGCGGUUCGAGAAGCUCACGCUCGAACAACAGCAGCAGCAGCAGUGCUAUGCGUCAUCCCGGAAUUGCUGCAGCCAGCUCGCAACAGAGCGGGAGGCCAUUUAUGGAUUUGCCCCCCGGCUAUGAAAUGCGCAUCACCCAACAGGGUCAGGUGUAUUUCUAUCACAUACCCACUGCCAUUUCCACGUGGCAUGAUCCUCGUAUUCCUCGAGAUUUCCACACGGAUAAUUUGACCCUGGAUGCUAUCGGCCCCCUGCCAAGUGGCUGGGAGCAGAGAAAGACUGCAUCGGGUCGUGUGUAUUUUGUAGAUCAUAAUAAUCGCACCACACAAUUCACGGAUCCGCGUUUGAAUGGCAACAUUCUACAGUUGAUACGAAGAGGGGUGGUAGCGCCCGGCAACGCCUCCAGUACAUCGGCCAACAGCAACAAUUCAGGGAAUAUAGCUUCACCCGCCGCCGCCAAUUCGAGUGCUGGUUCUGGCAAUGGCAGUAUUAUUCAACAUUUAUCGCCGGCUGCAUCACAUCCUCUGGCCGGAAGUGCGACGAGCGGCGUUGCCAGUAGUGCCGUGACGACGGCAAAUGGUGCUCCCCACAUCCGUAUACCCGAGGGCCGUGCUGUGCCGGCAGAUCUGCCACAGGGCCUGCUGGAAGGUGCCGAUCUGCUGCCCAAAUACCGACGAGACUUGGUUGGAAAGCUACGCGCCUUGCGCACAGAGCUGCAGGCACUGCAGCCUCAAUCGGGUCACUGCCGUUUGGAAGUAUCUCGCAGCGAGAUAUUCGAAGAGAGUUACAGACUGAUCAUGAAAAUGCGUCCCAAGGAUAUGCGCAAACGAUUGAUGGUGAAGUUCAAGGGCGAGGAAGGCCUCGACUAUGGCGGUGUGGCGCGUGAAUGGCUUCACCUAUUGUCACGCGAAAUGCUCAAUCCCCAAUACGGUCUGUUCCAAUACAGUCGCGAUGACCACUACACAUUGCAAAUAAAUCCCGACUCGGGCGUCAAUCCCGAUCAUUUAUCCUAUUUUCAUUUUGUUGGCCGUAUUUUGGGCAUAGCUGUAUUCCAUGGCCAUUGCUUGGACGGUGGCUUCACCACGCCCUUCUACAAGCAACUGCUUAAUAAACCAAUAACACUUAGUGAUAUUGAGGGAGUCGAUCCGGAACUGCAUCGUAGUUUGACCUGGAUGUUGGAAAAUAACAUUACCAAUGUCAUCGAGUCGACAUUCAGCGUGGAAAAUAACAGCUUUGGUGCCUUGGUGGUACACGAACUCAAACCCUCUGGAGCCUCGAUACCAGUUACCGAAGACAACAAACGGGAAUAUGUUAAGCUGUAUGUAAAUUAUAGAUUUAUGCGCGGUAUAGAACAGCAAUUUUUAGCAUUACAAAAAGGCUUUUGUGAAUUGAUACCCAAUCAUUUAUUGCGUCCAUUUGAUGAACGAGAACUGGAAUUGGUUAUUGGUGGCAUUUCAAGCAUAGAUGUUAACGAUUGGCGCAACAAUACCCGACUGAAACAUUGUACCCCGGAAACACCACAAGUUGUUUGGUUCUGGCAGGCGGUGGAAUCGUAUAGCUCGGAAAUGCGUGCAAGGCUCUUACAAUUUGUAACGGGCUCUUCCAGGGUUCCCCUACAAGGAUUCCGGGCCCUGCAGGGAUCAACAGGGGCUGUGGGUCCCAGGCUAUUCACAAUACAUCUGACCUCAGAUGUACCCACACAAAACCUGCCCAAGGCUCACACAUGUUUCAAUCGCAUCGACUUGCCCCCCUACGAAAACUAUCAAUUGUUGUACGAUAAACUCACCCAAGCCGUGGAGGAGACCUGUGGAUUUGCUGUGGAAUAAUUUUGUGUUUAUCUAUUUUUUUUUGUGUAUUUUUUGUUUUUCUAAUUCUAAUUCUAAGUAUGUGAUGAUGAUGAGGAUAAAGAUGAUGAAGAAGGUGAGGAAGAUGAAAUCCAACGACGAACAAAAAUAGAGAACCCCCAGAGGAUAUUGCAAAUAAGACAAGAUGAAUUGAUUUUUAACAUAAACAAAAUGUGGAUUGGCAAUGCAAAGAGCCAAUGCUGUAGCCAAGCAACAAUAGAAAAAGCAAAGAAAAAAAAACAACAACAAAAAAGAAAAAACAAUAACAAAUUAAACAAAUUCUCCAAGAAGCAUACAUACAUCUAUUCAUUUGUAUGUUGUAUAUAGGUAAUAAAUAAAUUCUUUUUGACAUAUUAAGAAUGAUAUUUGCAACUACUUAGAUUCUUUAUUCGCAUAUUCGGAACACACACACACACAAUAAACAGAAGACGACGAGGAUGAUCAAAAGUAGAAAGGACGGACG